AGCAAGAAAGAUAAAAGCAAGCAAGUAAUUGGAUUUUAGACAUUGAAUGUCUUGAUUGUCAUGUUAGAAAUUCAAUGGAGAGUAAUUAUUUCCCUUUUCCUGCAGGUCCAGCACUAAGAGGAAGGGAUGGGGAUUGAAAAAUUACCAUGGCAUUUUCUUACUCACUUCUUUUGGCUUGGAGUGAUGGGAGUUGAUGCCUCGUCAUGGACUGCUGACGUGCCCAAGUCCGUCUCCAGCCUACGGGGCUCAUGCAUCGUGAUUCCCUGCUCAUUCAACUACCCAGAACCAGAGAAGAAGCCCUCCAAAUUCACUGGCAUCUGGUUCAAAGGCACCCAUGAUACUAUAUACCACCCAGACAGCUCCAACAUCAUCAAAGCCUACAGGGGUCGUACAGAGCUGGUGGGAGACCUCCGGCAGAAGAACUGCUCUCUCAGAAUCAACCCCCUCCAUGACAGUGACAAAGGAUCCUUUACUUUCAGGAUUGAAAUGGAAGACCAUAACAAGUAUUCAUACAAAGAGGACACAGUCUCCAUUACAGUGAGCAGCUCUCCAGACCCCCCCUCUCUGUCAGUGAGGGAGGAGGUGAAGGUGGGGGAAGUGGUUUCUGCCUCCUGCUCUAUGUCUCGCUCCUGCCCAUCUGAUUCCCCUCUCCUAACCUGGAGCCACUCCGGAACACACAGUGUCCAAUCACAGCAGCUGACCAAUGCCCAGUGGGAAGUGACGUCAUCCCUGACCUUUAGCCCCAGCAGCACUGAUCACAACCAGUCUCUGGUCUGCACAGCAGCAUACAGGGGAAGGAAGACAGUGAAAAGUUUGAAAACUCUCAAUGUCAAAUAUGCCCCAGUGGAUGUGAAGAUUGAGGGAGUGUCCAGUGUGAAGGAAGGAGACUGUAGAGCUGAGAUGCUCCAGUGACAGUAACCCUGCUGCCCACAGCUACCACUGGCACAACAGUAGAGGACCUCUGCCCACCACUGGACCUACCAUCACACUGGAGAAUGUGACCAGACUCACUGAAGCCCUCUACUGCACUGCCAUCAAUAGAGAGGGACAAGGCAACUCCAGCCCACUGAAACUCAAUGUAGAGUACCCCCCUGAGAUCAAAGUGGGCUCCGCCUGCACUUCAGACAUCUCCAUGGUAACCUGUCUGUGCAUUGUGGAUUCGGAGCCCCCCGGCUCCGUGGAGUGGUCUCUUCCAGAUGGACCCCUGCCCAACCAGUCCAGUAACAGAGUGGAGAGGCAUGGUGGGAGGAGUCAUAUGGACCCGUCAGUAACCUGCAAGCAGGAAGUGCAUACAGCUAAGUGUGCUUCCUCAGAUCCCUCAACAUCAAGGAAAGAGCAGACAGACACCAGCAGGGAAAUCCACACAAACUACUACACCAACGAUCACGUAUAUGGAAACAUGGAGACUGAAGAGGAUGGUGACCCAUACGAGUGUGAUGGUGGAGACGAAGCAGUCUAUGGUAACAUGUGAACACAACAGGAAGCAUGUGGAAGUCAGCUGGCCCAGAGGCCAUGGUGUUCAGUCUCUCAAAGGUUCCAGUAAAAUAUUAACAUUUUAACCCAAUGUAG